AGCUAGGAGAGAGGAGCCUAGGUAUUCAUAGUUCAGUGAAAUGUGAAACUCUAGUUAUCAUGAAACAAUGUGUUCUGUGUAUAGCUCAAGCAAGAAUAGUGUUUUGCAUCUUUGGACUUGUUCUCCUAACUCAUGAAACAGCAUGUAUUCUGAAAGGUGCUCUCCCCAUGACAGAUCUUGUUAAAGAAGGAAAUUUUGGAAAACUAAAAUGGAAAGCAAACUUUCCAAGAACAGAUGGACUGGGCGAUGAUGUUAUUCAUCAACUACAGCUUGAUGAAGAAAUGAGUAGUGCCCUAUAUGAGUCUGCUCUGCUAGAUGUUGCCAAGGAUUUAGUAGAAUCAGAUUCUCUUAAUACUGAAGAUAAACAAUACAUGCUGGAGCAGAUAUUUAACAAGCUAAUGAUCGACAGUGAAGAAGGAAAAACAGAAAGAAACAGUUUUUUGAAAGACAAGAUCAAGGAAACUUUUAAGAUUUCAAGAUCAGCAAUUGUGGAUGGUUCCUAUAGAAGGAAAGUAAGGCUUCAGGCUGAUGAAGUAAAAGCAGAAAAGCGCAAAAAGAAGAAAAAAGCAAAAGGCAAAACAAAAAAGAAAAGAAACAAAAAGAACAAAACUAAGAAAAAAACCAAGGAUGGAAUGAAGAGCUCUAAAAAGAAAAGCAGUGAUACUAAAAAGAAAGAUGCAAAAAGAAAAGAUAAAGAUGAUGAAAACAAAAAACAAGCAGACAAUGAAGAAAAAAAGGAAAAAACUGAUAAUGAAAAGGACGAUGAUAAUGAUAAUAAAUAUCAUUUCGAGGGCGAGCAAGAGUAUGAAGAUGAUGAUGAGUAUGAAGAUGAAGAUGAUGAUGAUGAUGAUGAUGAUGAGUAUGAUGACGAUGAUGUAGAUGAAGAGGAUUCAGAUUACGAAGAUGAUGAUGAAUAUUCCACAGGGUUCCGAAAUGACUAUUCUGGAAACUCUGGGACGAUUGAGUCAGACUACUUUCUACCUGGCUUCAAUAGAACACAGAAAGAACAAAUAGAAGAAGUUUAUAAAGCUGUAUAUGGACCUUUUGUAUUUCAUUGCAACUGGACUUUUAGUAAUCUUCCUCCUUUCAGUGCAGAGGAGAUUUCAGAGAUAAACAAGAACUUUCCAAUUCAAAAUAUUUCCUCCAUAGUUUUCCCUUCGAUGGAUUUUUUGGCGAGUUCUCCCAACAACAACAACAACAACAACACUGAAUCAGAUGAUAACGAAGUAGCUGUUGAAAUUAACGAUUCAGCCCUGGACCCCAACUUGGCUUUACAGCUAAAAGAUUCUGCAAUGUCCAAGAAAAGUUUGAAGAACAAAAAUGUAACUGGUUCCAUAAAUUUGAAAACGGGCAAUCAAACAAUUAAUGGAAAUAAUUCAGAAUCUUCAUCAACCAGUACAUCAAAGAUUUCUCCAACCUCUUUGACCAUGAAGGGCAAUACCUCUCUGGACCAAAAGAGCAAUAUCUCUCUGGACCACAAGGGCAAUAACUCUCUGGACCAUAAGGGCAAUAACUCUCUGGACCACAAGGGCAAUAACUCUCUGGACCAUAAGGGCAAUAACUCUCUCGACCACAAGGGCAAUAACUCUCUGGACCAUAAGGGCAAUAACUCUCUCGACCACAAGGGCAAUAACUCUCUGAACCAUAAGGGCAAUAACUCUCUGAACCAUAAGGGCAAUAACUUUCUAAACCAAAAGGGCAAUAGUUCUCUGGGACAUAAGGGCAAUAUAACAUCUAAAGAAGACUACAUCAUUAACAAUAUUCUAAAAGUUUCCAAAAAUAAUACCUCUACCAAUACAACAAGUACUCCAACGACUAGUACUAAACCUUCAGGAGAUACCAAUCCCGAGAAUAUAAUCAAAGAUGCUCUUGCAUCUACUGAGAAUGAAACUAGAAAUGAAUCAGUGAAUGAGCAAGAAAAUACUACACAAAGUUCAAAAUUAAACCAUUCAAAGUUCAACAAAACAACACAUAAAUCUACUGAGAAGAAAACAGAAAACCAGACGGAAAAAUAUACCAAUCAUAGCUCAAAACAUCCUAAUAAUGUCAACAAACAAAAUACAAAGGAAGACAAAAAAGAAAAUCACAACCAACACAAUUCAAAAUAUAAUGCUACAGAAAGUUUACCAAAUACUGAUGGAAGAAGAAGAAUAAAGCGAGAUACAGAGAGUUCCAAAUCUAACAAUGAACCAUCUGACAAAAACGCUGCUGACAAGUCCCAACUUGAACCUGAUGGAAAUCAGACAAAAGCUUCAGAAACGGAUGUGAAGAAAAAGAAGAAAUCUAAGGACAAAAAGAAAAAAAAGAAAUCCAAGAAGAAAAGUAAAAAGUCCAAGAAGAGGAAAGACAAGAAAAGUAAAUCCAAGAAACCUAAGACUGGGGAAUCUGGUGUUGAGGUGAAUAUUGAUGUUUGGACAGAGGAAAAUGAAGAACAAAAAAUCUUGAAUUGCAUAAAAUCAAAAUGUCGUGGAAUUGAUGAAGAUGACAAAGGGUCCCAACCAAGUGAUAAAGCAAAUGAUUUAGAAUAUAAUAUUCAACAUUAAUGAAAUAAAGAUUCAAAAUUAAAAAGUG